UUGGGCACCCGCGUGUCCCGCAGAGCCCUGGGCAUCAGCAGCGUGUUCCUCCAGGGCCUGCGCAGCUCCUCCGCCGCCGUGCCCUUGGCCGCGGGGCUGGAGAAGGGCCGGGGCCUCUCCUACGAGAGCCUGAACGCCUGCUUGGUGGAGUACAUCGAGAAGGUGCGAGCCCUCGAGCAGGUCAACCAGGAGCUGGAGGAGCACAUCAGAGUCUACCUGGACAAGAAAGCGGCCAGCGUGGGCAGCUGGGGAGCGCUGCGGGAGAACUGGGAGGCCAUUUACCAUCAGGUGGGCGAAGCAGUCCUCGAAAAUGCUCGUCUCAUGCUGCACACUGAGAACAUUCAAGCCUGUGCUGAAGAUUUUAAAGACAGGUAUGAAAAUGAGCAGCCAUUCAGAAAGGCAGUGGAAGAUGAAAUUAAUUCGCUAUAUAAAGUGAUUGAUGAUGCUAAUUUAACUAAAAUGGAUCUGGAGAGUCAGAUAGAGAGCAUGAAAGAAGAACUAACUUUGCUGUCAAAGAAUCAUGAAGAAGAUGUGAAGGUAUUAUACAAGCAGCUUGCAGGAUCUCAGCUGGAAGAACUGGAUGUUCCCCUGGGAAGUGGCCUGGACGACAUCCUGGAAAAAAUCAGGAUCCACUGGGAGAGAGACAUUGAAAAGAAUCGUGCUGAGACAGGAGCUCUGCUCCGUACCAAG